GCCCAUUUGAGAAGUCUGUCUGACUUUGUAGAUGCCCAGGGUAGCUACUACGCUCAGUGUUACCAGCUCACACAGGACCUACACACCCAACUGGCCAGCCCUGGAGGCCAGACUGAGAGCCAGCGAGAGAGAGCUGACCACCACGAAGAAGGAUGUUGAGGAACUGAAGAGACAGAACACCGUCACGGAGCAUUCCACUGAACCGUCACCGUGGGGACAGAACAGAACAUAUCUCCCUGUUGUUGUUUCAGUCACGGAGCAUUCCACUGAACCGUCACCGUGGGGACAGAACAGAACAUAUCUCCCUGUUGUUGUUUGUCACGGAGCAUUCCACUGAACCAUCACCGUGGCGACAGAACAGAGUGAAUGCUCUCUAAAUGGGACUGUGUGUUUUCUCUCCUGAAUUCAGACCAAAAGUGGCUUUCUCUGCUGCUGGUUUGAACGGUAAACGACCCAUAGGUCCCUUCAAUACUGACAACAACCUGGUCUACACCAGAGUCAUCACCAACAUCGGCAAGGCCUACGACCCGAUUACAGCAUCCCCCUCUCUCUCCCUCUCUCUCUCUCUCUCUCUCUGUCUCUCCCUCUCUCUAUCUCUCUCCCUCUGUCUCCCUCUCUCUCUUCUUCUCUCUCUCUCUCCCUCUAUCUGUCUCUCCCUCUCUCUCUCUCUGUCUCUCCCUCUCUAUCUCUCCCUCUAUCUGUCUCUCCCUCUCUCUCUUCUUCUCUCUCUCUCUCUAUCUCUCUCCCUCUAUAUGUCUCUCCCUCUCUCUAUCUGUCUCUCCCUCUCUCUCUCUCUAUCUGUCUCUCUCUCUCUCUCCCUCUCUCUGUCUCUCCCUCUCUCUAUCUCUCUCCCUCUGUCUCUCUCUCUCUCUCUCCCUCUCUCUGUCUCUCCCUCUCUCUAUCUCUCUCCCUCUGUCUCUCUCUCUCUGUCUCCCUCUAUCUGUCUCUCCCUCUCUCUAUCUGUCUCUCCCUCUCUCUAUCUGUCUCUCCCUCUCUCUCUCUGUCUCUCUCUCUCUCUCCCUCUCUCUGUCUCUCCCUCUCUCUAUCUCUCUCCCUCUGUCUCUCUCUCUCUGUCUCUCUCUGUCUCCCUCUAUCUGUCUCUCCCUCUCUCUAUCUGUCUCUCCCUCUCUCUAUCUGUCUCUCCCUCUCUCUAUCUGUCUCUCCCUCUCUCUGUCUCUCCCUCUCUCUCCCUCUGUCUCUCUCUCUGUCUCUCUCUCUCUCUCUCCCUCUCUCUGUCUCUCCCUCUCUCUAUCUCUCUCCCUCUGUCUCUCUCUCUCUGUCUCUCUCUCUGUCUCCCUCUAUCUGUCUCUCCCUCUCUCUCUCUUCUUCUCUCUCUCUCCCUCUCUCUGUCUCUCCCUCUCUUUCUCUCUCCCUCUGUCUGUCUCUCCCUCUCUCUUUCUCUCUCCCUCUAUCUGUCUCUCCCUCUCUCUAUCUGUCUCUCCCUCUCUCUCUCUGUAUCUCUCUGUCUCUCUCUCUUCUUCUUAUCUCUCUCUCUCUCUCUCUGUCUCUCUGUCUCUCUCUCACUGUCGCUCUCUCUUUUCCUCUCUCUUUCUCUUUUCCUCUCUGUGCAGGUGUGUCCUGCUGUAAAAAUGCCACCAGUGGCACCACUCCACCCUGCAGAUGGCCCCUCCCUCACAGUACAGGUGGUAUGGUGGUGUAACAUGCCCCCUCCACAGAAGCAUUACUCACACACCCUCCCCCACUGUACCCCCCUUUUCUCUCCUCCCUCUCUCCUCCCCUUCUCCUGGUGUAUAACAGUCAGCCCAGACAAUUGUGGGCUCAGUCUAGUCAACUAGAGAGAGAAUACAGCACAAGACCUCUGGAGUACCACUGGCAACGGGACGGUUUUUUCUGGAACAGUUUGCUUUUACAUACAUACACACUCACAUUUACAUACAUUUACACUCACAUUUACAUACAUACACACUCACAUUCACACUUUUUUCCACACACACAGACUCGAAGCGACAGCAUGUUGGUGAACAGGGUCUGGCAUGUGGUGUGUGUGGUCUGCUGUGUGUGUGUGUCGGUGUGUGUGAACACAGAGGUAUAUGAAGUGAACUACGCAGACAACUACGAAAACGAGAUUACACAGGACCAACAGGACGGUACGUCUCUCUCUUUCACUCCUUCAUUUCUUCCCUUGUUCUUUUGUCUCUUGGUUUCUCUCCUUGACCUGCUCCCCCUUUUCGCUCUCUGUUUCACUUGUUCACCUGAGACCUACAUUCUAGAGGUGGCCUGUAUGGCUGACUGUGGAUUGACAGUGUGGUGUCUGGUUCUCUCUCCCUCCAGGGGACUCCCCUGUGACUACCUGCCAGGCUACAGAGCUCUCUCGCUGGAACAAACUCUUCGUGGCUCUGGAGGACUCCCACCAGAGGGAGAUGAUGCUGAUGGAAGCCCUGGAGCAACGCUGUGGAGCCCCGGGAGUCUGCCAGCAGUGCCUGCCCGCCAUCGAGGCAGUUUGCCGGGAGCAGGCGAGCCCCAGGCUCCAUCGAGGCCUAGUGGAGCUGAAGGAGGAGGUAACAGAACGAGAGGGGAGGAUGAAUUCUUCACUACAGCAGAUCAGACAGGAGGGAGCAGAAAGUUAUGGGAGGAUGAUGGCUGUGUUACAUCAUCUCCUUCAGAACAGCAAAGAGCAGAACCAUAGACUACAUCGAUUGGAGGAGAGUAAGCUGAGAGGGGAGGUGAUAGAAGGGGCUGGAUCAAUAGGAGCCGGGCAUAGAGAAGCAGAGCCAAUCAGGACAGGGCAUAAAGAGAGUGGGUUGGGUUUAGGGGAGGGGCUUAGUGGGAGAGGUGGACCAAUAGGGACGAAGCCUGGCACUAAAGAGGCGGGUCUCGGACUUGGUUUGGGCAUGAAGCUGUUCUCGUUAAGCACAAAGAAACAGGAAGUGACAUCAUCGCCAUCAUCGGACCCCGGAAAGAUUGAGCGGCCUCUGGUUGCUAUAGCGAUGGAAAAGCAAAAGGUGCCGACCCAGCUGGGCCUAAUAUCCUCUGUAGGGAACGAAGGAUAAAAAAGACGAGGAGAAAUUAAAGGGACUGAAUUAAAACUAAAAUAUAAACUUAGUGAAAUUUUGCACACUAACAUAUCACCUUUUUAUACAUUAGUAAAGCAAAACAAUCGCCUUGAAAUAUGUUUAGUAUUCUUUUUAAUUCUGUAUAAUUAAAGGAAAUGCUCUGUGACUCUAAUUGUCUAAGUGAAAUAAAGAUUUGUUAAACUUUUUAA